CACUGGAGGAAGCCUAAGGAGCCUUUGCGCAUGGAGGCAGGCCUGCAUCAGUGAAGGGACGAGGGCUGAGAAAAGAGGGAGAAGGAUGGCGGAGAAGGAAGGCAACCCGGAAAGACGCUCCAUCUUAAAGCCACAGCCUCCAAUUGUAGGCCAUGUGAGCCAUCACAAUAUUCAGUUAAGUUGGGACUUGGAAGAACAACGAAAGGGUCCACAAGAGCAAUGGUUAAAAAUUUCAGUUGAAGAAGAGGAUCGUAAGUUAAAUAAAUAUAACCUAGUAUACACUGGAUAUGCUCGACAGCAUGUUGUGGAAGGUCUUGAACCUAGAACAACCUACAGGUUUCGGCUUAAAGUCACAGACCCUGCAGGAGUCUCUGCUUACAGUUCACCUGUUUGUGUAACCACAAAAAGCGAGCCAAUGAGUGGAGACCAGCUCCACCGUGCUGUAAGCAGGGAUGAUGUAGAUGAAGUCCUUCAUAUUCUUCAGAGAAGGCGAAUGGUGGUAGACACACUGAAUAAAUUAGGAAAUACAGCUUUGAUGGUUGCUUCACAGAAAGGCUAUUCAAGACUUGCCCAAGUUUUAGUAGAAAAUGGAGCAGAUGUAAACAUGAAGAAUUCCAGUGGAAAGGACAGUUUAAUGAUAGCGUGUUUUGCUGGGCAUACGGACAUUGCUCAGUAUCUAAGAUCCAAAGGAGCUUCCUGGCAGGCUAGAGACCUUGGAGGAUGCACAGCAAUGCACUGGGCUGCAGAUGGAGGGCACUGCGAUGUUAUUGUGUGGAUGAUCCAGGAUGGUUGUGAGGUGGAUCCUAAAGAUACAGGUUUGGAGUGGACUCCACUGAUGAGGCUGUGUGCAUUAACAGGAAAAACAGAUGUGGCCAGACUUUUCCUAGAUGCUGGAGCUGAUGUUAAUAUAAGAGAUAAGGAUGGCAAAACACCUUUAAUGAUUGCUGCAUUAAAUAACCAUGAAGACUUGGUUACACUAUUGCUUGAGAGGGGAGCAGAUCCUGAGGUUAAAAAUGAGUUUGGCAAAGGUGCCCUGGAAAUGGCUAGAGGUUUGAACCGAAUGAGUGUAGCUUCAAUAAUAGAAGAUAAAAAAAGACAACGGAGUAGUAUGUCCAUUCCUCUUUCUCCAUCUUCCAGUACAGUUUUGUGAAACAAGGGAAUGAACUCCUGAUAGUUUUCCAGGAGAGCAAGAUCAUACACACUGAAUUCUGGCUGUUUCCCCCUUUUCGUAUUUGGUUGUUAAUGCAUUCUUGGACAUCCUGAUUAAAUUCCAGCUUUGAUUCUC